AUGUCAUUGGUUCAGCGCUUUGGAAAGCCUGAUUUAUUUGUACCUAUGACAUGCAACGCUAAAUGGCUUGAGAUAACAGCUGAACUUGCUGAUAGGGAACUUGCAGAAAAUCGUCCUGACCUUAUAGCGCGAGUUUUUCGAUCUAAACUUAUCAGCCUUAAACAUGAGAUCAUGAAAAAACAUGUGUUUGGUGAAGUUGAGGCAAUCAUAUAUGUGAUUGAAUUCCAAAAAAGAGGCCUUCCUCAUGCUCACUUCUUAAUCAUUCUUAAAGGUGAAUACAAGGUCAAAUCACCUUCAGAUUUUGAUAAGUUUGUGUGUGCUGAAAUCCCUGUUGAAUGUGGCAAUCUUCAGAAGAUAGUCUUGGCCCAUAUGAUGCAUGGCCCUUGUGGCCUACGGAACCCUUCAUGUGGGUGCAUGAAGAAUCAGGAAGAUGGCUCUAUUGCUUGUAUGUAUAAUUAUCCUAGGGCAUUUCUAAGUGAAACAACAAACAAUGAAGAUGGCUUCCCAAUGUACCGAAGGAGAAAUACUGGUGAAAGUGCAGUUAAGUACUUGUACAAGUAUGUGUACAAGGGCCAUGAUAGGGUGUCGUUCAAUGUGGCAGGCCAGCAGGAUGCAGCUUUGGAUGAAAUUAAAAACUUUCAAUCUGGUAGAUGGGUUUCUCCAUGCGAAGCAGCUUGGAGAAUUUUUGGAUUUGACUUAUUUGAAAUGCAUCCGUCUGUUCAGCUCUUACCUGUGCACUUGCCUAAUAUGCAAACUGUUGUUGUGCACCCGAAUGAACGUUUAGAUAUUGUGGUUCAAAAUGAUAAGUGUUCACGCACUGCUCUUAUAGAGUUUUUUAGGCUGAAUGCAGCUACACCUGGUGGUACAGGUCACCUGUACAGUGAGAUGACUGAACACUUUAGGUGGGACAAUGGAAAAAAGGAAGCAGCCAUUAAAAGAGGCUUAAUGGAAGCAGAUGGUGCAGUAGUGGCUUGCUUAGAGGAGGCAUCAGAAGUGCAAAUGCUUGUAGCAAUGAGUUCACUAGCACAGGAUUACAGGUAUGCAAAUCCAGGAGAUGAAGACAAAGCAAGGAGGUUAACUGUAAGAUCAAUUAAAUAG